GAGCCCCGGCGCGGAGCAGGCGGGUAGGGCGAAGGGUCCCCUUUCGGGCCCAUGGGGCGCCGAGCGCAGCCUGGCCCCUCGGGCUCCUCUGCGGGGAGGGCGGGCCGCAGGCUGGAGCGGGGUGCGGAGGCUGGCGGGGAGCGGCCCCCGGAGGCUUUCCUGGUAGAAGUUGAUGCGAGGAAGGGCGGCGGGGACCAGGGGACGGUAUUCAGAAUUCGAGCGCAGGAGCUCCGCUUCUCCACCUGCUCCCGGGGAGCUAUUGGGCCUCCUCUUCCAGCAGCCUCUAUCUUUAUUCUACAGGAUCCAGAGAAUCACCCGCUGAUGGUUUUUGCCCAGGCCUGAAACAGAACCAGAGAGCUACGGGAAAGGAAGUGCUUGGCUUGCCAGAGGAAUUUUCCAAGUGCUCAAACGCCAGGCUUACAGCGCCUGUGAUCCGUCCAGGAGGACAAAGUGGGAUUUGAAGAUCCACUCCACCUCUGCUCAUGGCGGGCCAGGGCCUGCCCCUGCACGUGGCCACACUGCUGACUGGGCUGCUGGAAUGCCUGGGCUUUGCUGGCGUCCUCUUUGGCUGGCCUUCACUAGUGUUUGUCUUCAAGAAUGAAGAUUACUUUAAGGAUCUGUGUGGACCAGAUGCUGGGCCGAUUGGCAAUGCCACAGGGCAGGCUGGAAGGCUGGGAUGCAUGGGAGACCUUUUUUCUACUCCAGACUGCAAAGCCCAGGAUGAGAGGUUCUCACUCAUCUUCACCCUGGGGUCCUUCAUGAACAACUUCAUGACAUUCCCCACUGGCUACAUCUUUGACCGGUUCAAGACCACCGUGGCACGCCUCAUAGCCAUAUUUUUCUACACCACCGCCACACUUAUCAUAGCCUUCACCUCUGCAGGCUCAGCCGUGCUGCUCUUCCUGGCCAUGCCAAUGCUCACCAUUGGGGGAAUCCUGUUUCUCAUCACCAACCUGCAGAUUGGGAACCUAUUUGGCCAACACCGUUCGACCAUCAUCACUCUGUACAAUGGAGCAUUUGACUCUUCCUCGGCAGUCUUCCUUAUUAUUAAGCUUCUUUAUGAAAAAGGCAUCAGCCUCAGGGCCUCCUUCAUCUUCAUCUCUGUCUGCAGUACCUGGCAUGUAGCACGCACUUUCCUCCUGAUGCCCUGGGGACACAUCCCAUACCCACUGCCCCCCAACUACAGCUAUGGCCUGUGCUCUGGGAAUGGCACCACAAAGGAAGAGAAGGAAACAGCUGAGCAUGAAAACAGGGAGCUACAGUCAAAGGAGUUCCUUUCAGCGAAGGAAGAGACCCCAGGGGCAGGGCAGAAGCAGGAACUCCGCUCCUUCUGGAGCUACGCUUUCUCUCGGCGCUUUGCCUGGCACCUGGUGUGGCUGUCUGUGAUACAGUUGUGGCACUACCUCUUCAUUGGCACUCUCAACUCCUUGCUGACCAACAUGGCCGGUGGGGACAUGGCACGAGUCAGCACCUACACAAAUGCCUUUGCCUUCACUCAGUUCGGAGUGCUGUGUGCCCCCUGGAAUGGCCUGCUCAUGGACCGGCUUAAACAGAAGUACCAGAAGGAAGCAAGAAAGACAGGUUCCUCCACUUUGGCGGUGGCCCUCUGCUCGACGGUGCCUUCGCUGGCCCUGACAUCCCUGCUGUGCCUGGGCUUCGCCCUCUGUGCCUCAGUCCCCGUCCUCCCUCUCCAGUACCUCACCUUCAUCCUGCAAGUGAUCAGCCGCUCCUUCCUCUAUGGGAGCAACGCGGCCUUCCUCACCCUUGCUUUCCCUUCAGAGCACUUUGGCAAGCUCUUUGGGCUGGUGAUGGCCUUGUCGGCUGUGGUGUCUCUGCUCCAGUUCCCCAUCUUCACCCUCAUCAAAGGCUCCCUUCAGAAUGACCCAUUUUACGUGAAUGUGAUGUUCAUGCUUGCCAUUCUUCUGACAUUCUUCCAUCCCUUUCUGGUAUAUCGGGAAUGCCGUACUUGGAAAGAAAGUCCCUCUGCAAUUGCAUAGUUCAGAAGCCCUCACCUUUCAGCCCUGAGGAUGGUUUUGUUCAUCUUCCACCACCUUUGAGGACCUCGUGUCCCAAAAGACUUUGCCUAUCCCAGCAAAACACACACACACACACACACACACACAGACACAAAAUAAAGACACACAAGGACGUCUGAGCAGCAAGAAAAGAAUCUCAGUUGCCAAGCAGAUUGAUAUCACACAGACUCAAAGCAAAGGCAUAUGGAACUUCUUUAUUUCAAAACAGGAGUGUCUCCUUGCACUUAGCCUUGGCAGACCCUUGACUCCAGGGGAGAUGACCUGGGGGAGGAAGUGUGUCAACUAUUUCUUUAGGCCUGUUUGGCUCUGAAGCCUAUAUGUGCCUGGAUCCUCUGCCACGGGUUAAAUUUUCAGGUGAAGAGUGAGGUUGUCAUGGCCUCAGCUAUGCUUCCUGGCUCUCCCUCAAGAGUGCAGCCUUGGCUAGAGAACUCACAGCUCUGGGAAAAAGAGGAGCAGACAGGGUUCUCUGGGCCCAGUCUCAGCCCAGCCACUGAUGCUGGAUGACCUUGGCCUGACCCUGAUCUGGUCUCAGAAUCACUUUUCCCAUCUGUAAAAUUGAGAUGAAUUUUGGUGUUGAAAGUUCUUCCUGGAGCAGAUGUCCUAGAAGGUUUUAGGAAUAGUGACAGAGUCAGGCCACCCCAAGGGCCAUGGGAGCCAGCUGACCUGCUUGACCGAAGGAUUUCUGACAGACCAUCUUUGGGGAUGUUUUCAAGAAGGGAUAUAAGUUAUUUACUUUGGGCAUUUAAAAGAAAAUUUCUCUCGGGAAUAAUUUUAUAGAAAAAUAAAGCUUCUGUGUCUAAGGCAA